CCCAUAUCUACUUAAUUUCCCCAUUCUCAGAUGAGAGACUGACUUAAAUUCUUGCCCAACCAAUAAUAUCAUAACAUCAAAUCCCCAUCACCCAACUCCUCCUAUUAAUGAACAUCACCAUUCACACCCUCCACACUUAUUCCCUUCCUUCCAUAUAAUACAAUAUUUCUAACACACCUUCCUCAUUCUCCACCCCAAAAAAUGGCUUCACUAUCAGACAACUCCCAAACCUCGCCUCCAAACCCAUCCUUCGCCAUUAGAGACACCACCGACCACCGCCUCACAUUCUUGUUAAGAAGCCUCUCCUCCAAAGACCCUUCCGAUCAUCACAACAAUAACAUUGACGAUGAUAAUGAAGAUUUCCCUUAUUACCACCCUUCCCCACCUCGCCUCAGCGUCCAGCACGACCGAAAUUAUUCCCACCACCACGCCCCUCCUCUCAAACUCCACUCCUCCACCGAAACGACGUCGUCGUCUUCGUCGUACAGAUGCGUGGCGUCCACGGCGGUGAAGAAGGACGGGCAGGUACUGUCCAUGGCGGCCGCCACGAGCGACGUGGAGCUCCUCUACACGGGGACCGAGGCGAACGUGAUACGCGUGUGGAAGCUUGCUCCGGAGCUGACGGAGUGUGGUCAGCUGAAGACGAGGGCCGGCAGGGUCGUGGCCAUCCACGUGGCAGGGGACAGGGUUUACCGUGCGUAUGGGGACGGGAAGAUUAGGGUUUGGCAGCGGACGUGGAGGGAUGGUGGUGGUGGGUUCAAGCAUGUGAGGGUCGGGACGAUUCCGGCCACCGGUGGGGUCGUCCGGAGCUACAUCUCCGCCGCCGGGAAGGAUAGUAAGACGAGCAGGCACAAGGGUCCCAUCACCUCUCUAGCCAUCAACAUCGCCGACGACAUCCUCUACUCCUCCUCCUUAGACAAGACGGUCAAAGUGUGGCGAAUCUCCGACCUCAAGUGCGUCGAGACGAUCCCGGCCCACUCCUCCUCCAUCAACUCCAUCCUCGUCUCCGGCGCCGACGCCCUCCUCUUCACGGCUUCUGACGAUGCUACAAUUAGGGUCUGGCGUCGUAACUUCUGCGGCAGCACGGGGGGCCGACCGCACGCGCUGGUCGUUACCUUGCCAGCCAAGCAAUCGCCGGUCAAAGCCCUAGCGCUGACCGCGGACGGCUCGGUUCUCUACGGAGGGUGUUCGGAUGGGUACGUCCACUUCUGGAUGAAAGGGUGGCAGCUGCAGUACGGCGGAGCGCUGCAGGGACACACCCACGCGGUCAUGGUGGUGGCGGCGGCGCGUGGUGGUGGGUACGUGGUGAGUGGGUCGGCUGACCGGACGUGUAGGGUUUGGAGGAGGGACGUGGAUGGUGGUGGGUCGCGACACGUGUGCUUGGCGGUUCUGGUUGGUCAUCAUGGGCCGGUUAGGAGUCUUGUGGUGUUGGCCGCCACGCGCUCGAUGUGGCGCGUUGGUGGUGGUGGUGGUGGUGGUGAUCGGGAGGUUGUGAAUGAUGGAGGUGGUGAUGGUGAUGAUAGAGGUUGUGUUGUUUGUAGUGGUAGUUUGGAUGGAGUGUUGAAAGUGUGGAGCGUGACUCGAGAUUCCGGCGAUGGGAAGGGGGUAUCAGACGGCGGCGGCGGCGGUGGUGGUGGGUGGCUGUCCGGGAAUGGGCGUGAGUACUUUGAGCUUCAGAAAUGAGGUUGAUUGGGCGAGGAUAAAUUAGAGUAUUGAAUGUCAUCAGAUUGGUGUUAUUAGCAGUUUGUAGUAGUGAUGUAGAUUUGUUUCAGUUAGGCUUUAGGUGAUGAUAAUCUGAUCAAGAUCUAGAUAUAUAGCUUAAGCUAUCUCCAGAUAUGGCAGAUUUUCCAAGACUAUAAACACAGUAGCAAAUGUAACAAUUUGUAUCCAGUUCACCAAUUAAAUACGGUCUAUCUACUAAAAUAUUCAAUUAAUCAAG